GAUCAAAUUUUUAUAUUCCCAAAAAAGGUCAAAGCAAAGAGAAAAUAAAUUUAUAGAUAAAAAUACAAAGAUUAAACCCAAAAAUGCCAAUUCAACAUUCUCCAGAUAGAAGCUUAGCGCCAGCUACUAAUCAAAAUGUGUGCUUAAUUUGCGAAAAGGCAAUGACUGAUACGCAGCCAUGCGUGAUGACUAUUUGCAAGCAUGUGUUUCAUAAAACUUGUAUUGACAACAGGUUUCAUCCGGAUAGGGAGAAUGUAUGCCCCUCCUGUCUGGAAAAGGUGGUGGUAAAAGAUUUGAAAGUGGUGGUAGGAAAUUUUUCCCCGGAGAAGAACGAAGACCCAAGUCAAGGACAGAAUCGACGUCCAAUUACUAGAUCAGUGAAUCGGUUACUUGAAUUAGGAACAUCACCACGAGAGACCGAAUUGGAACAACAGGAACGGCAACAGAACGUUGGUCAAGGAAUUAUUCCUGGCACAAGUAAUAGAGGUACUCGGGGUAACACUAAUAAUUUGGAUAGAGGUUCUUAUGUGCGAAGAGGUGGAAGACGAGGAAGACACCCACGUCAAUACCAUCGGAGCGAAGACAAUUUAAAUGACGAUAAUUGGUCACAGCCAGAUAUUGAGUUGAUAGUUAGGGAAACGGUGAUGAGAAUGAUGAAUUCGGUAUCCAUUAGAAACGUGUUGAGUGGACAGGAAAGUCAACAGCAGGGAAGAGCGGCUUCUGAUGACCAAAGUCCGAGGUCCCAACAGAUAUCAUCCCACCUCGCUACCAAUAAAGUAGCCGAUAUCAUUCAGAAAUGGGGUGUGCGUUUUGAAGGUACUUCUGAGGGGUUGUCGGUAGAAGAAUUUUUAUACCGAAUGCAAGUUUUGACUCGAGAACAUCUCAAUGGUGAUUUUGUAGCACUCAGCAGAAACAUUCAUCAGUUGUUGGUGGGAAAAGCCAGUUCUUGGUUUUGGCGAUUCCAUAAGCGAGUAGACAACUUUGACUGGGAACAGUUUUGCUUCGCCCUACGUGCUCAAUAUAAAGAAAGUCGAUCGAUCACGGAGCUGCGCGAACAAAUUCGUGCACGUAAACAGAAACCUGGCGAGUCCUUUGACUCAUUUUACGAAUCCAUUUGUAAGCUAAUGGACAAACUGUCUGUUCAUUUCGAGGAAAGGGAAUUAAUUGAACUAGUGCAAGGAAAUUUGCUUACUGAUAUGAAAGAUAGAUUACUCUUUGAGGAAAUACAUUCCAUCGGACAGUUGCGUCGAUUAGUACAAAAGAGAGAACAUUUUUUGCAAGAUGCGGGAAAAUCAUUUCGUUUUUCGGGAAAGCCCAAGGAGUCCGCAUUGCGUGUGUAUGAGGUAGACGAGAAUCCACUGACAGAAACCGAAAGCGAAGAGCAGGAAAAGGACAUCUCAGCGUUGCAACGAUUACCCUUAAAGAUCAUUUGUUGGAAUUGCGAUACAGCCGGCCAUGUAUGGGAAGACUGUUUAGCAGAACGUCGCGUGUUUUGCUACGGAUGCGGAAAACCGCAAGUAUACAAGCCAAAUUGCCUAAACUGUAAGAAUCGUUCGGAAAACCGCAAGGCGGGGGCAUCCACCAACCAGAGGGUGUCCCAAGUGUAGACAAUAAGCAGAUUGAUUAUUCAGAUAAUAUUAAGGAAUUAGAAAAUUUAAACGCUGAAUUAAAAGAUCUUCAGCCCGAGAUUUUAUUGAGUUUAGAAAAAAAGGAAGAAUCCAGUGAAGUUCAAAAUGCGUUUCGUCCAUAUGAAGAACGGCUUAGAAAUUAUUAUUUAGUAAGAAAUCGUAUUUUUUAUGAAAAGGAAAAACACAAAAAGAGGAAUACAGUGCGCUUAAAAAAUUAUUAUGUUAAUUUAAGGAAUAAGCAAAAGAAGGUAGUAGCUACCAUUUUUCAGAAUAGGUCGGAUAGAAGAAGUUAUGCAAGUGUUUCCUUUCUGAAUUUUACAGAAUGGGGAUUGCUGGACACCGGAGCAAAUAUAAGCUGUAUAGGAUCAGACUUAGCUUUGCAGGAUUUUAGUAGUUUUUCAGGAUUUAAAACCAUAGUAUCAAAAGUUAAAACAGCCGAUGCUAAGCCGCAUCAGGUCUCCGGAAUUUUAAAAGUCACCAUGACGUAUAAGGAGAAAUCACAAGAUAUUGAACUAUAUGUGAUUCCGACCAUUGCGCAGAGACUUAUCUUAGGAAUCGAUUUUUGGAGAAUUUUCGAAUUGGCACCCAAAAUAAUAGGAUGCAUAGAAAAUUCGCAAGUAGAGAGUUCGCAGGUCGAAGAUUCCUACCCACUAAAUGAGACCCAGCGGCAACAAUUAGAAGCGGUAAUGGAAUUGUUUCCUAAUUUUGCGAAACAGGGCCUAGGUCGCACAUCCCUAAUAAGGCAUCACAUAGAUGUCGGGAAAGCCACUCCAGUUAAGCAGAGACACUAUCCCGUUAGUCCAGCUGUCGAAAAGGUCCUGUACGCUGAAAUAGAUCGUAUGUUAGAGCUUGGGGUAAUAGAGCCAUCAACAAGUCCUUGGAGUUCACCAAUUCGUAUGGUAAUUAAGCCGAAUAAAGUCCGCCUUUGUUUGGAUGCUAGAAAAUUAAAUGAAGCAACUAAAAAAGACGCAUAUCCAUUGCAGAGCAUAGAAGGUAUUUUCUCCAGGUUGCCUAAAGCCAAUAUUAUUAGUAAAUUGGAUCUAAAGGAUGCCUAUUGGCAGAUUCAGUUAACUGAAGAAGCAAAGCCACUUACGGCUUUCACCGUGCCUGGACGCGCAUUAUAUCAGUUUGUUGUAAUGCCUUUCGGCUUAUGUAAUGCACCAUCCACAAUGUGCCGUCUCAUGGACGAUUUGAUUCCUCCAGAUCUACGGCAUUGUGUGUUUGGAUACUUAGACGAUCUAUGCGUGGUCACGGAGGAUUUCCAAACCCAUUUGUCUGUACUCAUACGAAUCGCAGAUCAGUUUCGAAAGGCCAAUCUAACGUUAAACAUAAGCAAAAGCCAUUUCUGUGUUACUAAAGUCAAUUAUCUGGGUUAUAUAAUUGGAGAAGGAGGUAUUACCACGGAUCCGGCCAAGAUAUCAUGUAUUUUAAACUGGCCAUCCCCUCGAAAUAUAAAACAAGUUAGAGGAUUUUUAGGAGUUUGUGGCUGGUACCGCCGUUUUAUUUCGAAUUUUGCUGAGUUGACGUUUCCCAUAACUGAACUUUUAACAAAAAGCAAGCCCUUUAAGUGGUCACCGGAAGCGCAGAAAGCCAUGGAUGCACUAAAAGCCAAACUUACCUCUGCCCCGGUAUUACAUAAUCCUGACUUCACGAAGAAAUUCUUUCUCCAUUGCGAUGCAAGUGAUUUUGGUAUUGGUUCAGUUUUAGUACAAUUAUCAGAAUCGGGAGAUGAGAGACCAAUUGCCUUUAUGUCCAAGAAGCUUUCUAAAGCACAGAGAAAUUAUAGUGUCACGGAACGUGAAUUGUUGUCCGUAAUACUGUCCAUUGAAAAAUUUCGUUGCUAUCUUGAGUUACAAGAAUUCGAGGUAAUCACUGAUCAUUCAAGCUUGAUUUGGCUCAUGAGACAGCAAAAUGUUACAGGUCGACUAUCACGAUGGAUAUUUAGGUUACAGGGAUUUAAAUUCUCCACAACUCAUCGUAAAGGAAAGGAUAAUAUCGUUCCGGAUGCAUUGUCUCGGAUGUGCGAUAAUCAAAUCGAGAGCAUAGAAAUCGUUGGUCCACAGAUCGAUCUCGAAUCGCCUUCUUUUAAUGAUGCUGAAUAUGUAGAGCUUAGAAUGAGGGUGGAAGCAAAUGUUGAUAAAUUUCCAGACUUACGAGUGCAUGGAAAAUUUGUUUACAUUAGGACAGAGCAUCCCUCAGGAAAUACCGAGCAGGAAGCCAAUAGCUGGAAACUCUGGGUUCCCGAAAAACUUCGAGCAGUUGCAAUUUGGCAGGCACAUGAUAGUGUUGUUUCUGCGCAUGGAGGUAUUCAAAAAACGAUCGAGCGGCUACGACGAAAUCUUUUCUGGCCAGGGUUGUCCAAAGAAGUUCGAAACUAUAUCAAUGCGUGUGAAAUGUGUAAGCAAACCAAAGCUCCCAACCAAAUUUUGAGACCGCCUAUGGGUGAGCAAAGUGUUUCUCUAAGACCAUUCCAACGUCUGUACAUUGACCUUCUUGGCCCGUAUCCACGCAGUAAGAGAGGAUAUACCGGAUUAUUGAUUGUUUUGGACCAUUUUAGCCGAUAUCACUGGCUCUGCCCAUUGAAGAAGGGUACGACCGCAGUAAUUAACAAGUUUCUAUGUGAGCGAAUUUUUUGUGAAUUUGGAGUUCCGGAAACUAUAAUCAGUGACAACGGGUCACAAUUUAAAGCUAAGGAAUUUGAAGCAAUGCUGACAAAAUGGGGUAUUCGGCAUAUUUACACAGCACUUUAUUCUCCACAGAGUAAUGCGGCAGAACGAGUUAAUCGCUCCCUAAUAGCAGCAAUACGUUCAUACCUCCGUCAAGAUCAGACCGACUGGGAUCUACAUUUAACAAGCAUUUCUUCAGCGCUUCGCUCAGCAUUACAUCAGUCCAUAGGUUGCUCUCCGUAUAAAGCACUAUUCGGAUUUAACAUGGUUAAUCAUGGAUCGGAUUAUAGCUUGUUAAAGAAAUUAUCACUACUAGAAGAAUCCACUCGGCUAGAAAGAGUCGACCAAUUAGCUUUAUUACGCGAGGAAACUAAGAGAAAUAGUCGUAAAGCCUACGAAACCAAUGUUAAGCAAUACAAUCUCCGAUCGAGACCAGUUACAUACCGAGAAGGCCAAGAAGUUUUCAAACGCAACUAUAACCUUAGUAACUUUAGUCAAAAUUAUAACAAAAAGUUAGCUCAUUCAUUUUCUAAGUGCAGAAUAAAGAAAAAAUUGGGUAAUGCAUUUUACUUAUUAGAGACGUUGGCAGGAAAAGAAAUCGGAACUUAUCACGCCAAAGAUAUACGAUCAUAAUUCCAGCUAAUCAUGUCUCCGAUUACUCGACAGAUUAUCUGUGGUUGUAAUGGUUGCCUUGACCAAAUUAAAUGUCUAGCUUAAAAAUAUUUGUUUUGUUUACGCGCCUUACGAUAUUCACAACUACUCUGCAGCCCUGUUCGAUAAUAUCGAGUAUUGUGAGUAUAUCGAGUAUCGAAAAGAAAAAAUGAGAUCAGCUGUUGGUGCAGUAUCGAAUUGCAUCCACGUUUCCCAGAAAAAAACUUCGGCCACAACCUUUUCUUUUCCGUUUGCAACGUGAAGAUAACCAGACGUACCAAUUGGCCAGAUCCUCAAUUAAGCCCACAUGAUUAGUUAAAUCUAUAAAAAUCAAGUGCAUCCUAUACCUCCGCAUUCCAGUUAAUUAAUUAACAUUUGCAAUCAUUUCAAUUGGAAUCGACAUGGUUGCACUGGCUGUCAACUAAUCGUGCCUUCGCAAACGGCCAGGUUACGUUGAAAUACCAAACCAAGUCUUGGGGAACGGGCCCCAAAAAUUGCAUCAGUUCGCCUCAACCUCAAACCGGCAUAAGCGUUCCGCUUCCCAUCAGCCAGAGUGAGACCAUCAAAUCCGGUCCUCUGCCACUUCUGUGCCGAUCAGCCGCGCGCCACAGCAUUUCUAUCACCACACACACAGACUCCUCCGGUGUCUUUCUCUACACUAGGAUCGUGCAAGCAAAGAAACAGAAUCACUAGUAGCUCCGGCAAGGGACGAAACCUUUACGGGCGGAUUUGGAAAACUAGCACCGCCAUGUAGAGACCGACAAGUUAUCAGCCCUAACCCAGCUAAUGCGCUCGGGUUAUAAACUUCACCUUUAGAUACCUAAGCAAUAUGUGCAUAUAAGCCUACGCGAUCGUUUAUGGCCAGACCCGACUGUGCCUUAGUCAGAACGACAACCAAUACAUUCUUCAGCUUUGUGAAUUCACUCGCAGAUUAGUUACGGAAACACACAACACUGUCUGGAAGUGCGCAAGCGAUGCCAUAAAUCUUUCAGUGCAAAUCGAAUCAAAACAAAGGAAAUAAUGCGUACUCAAAUUUCAGGAACUAAUUAUUUGCAUUAAGUUAAAUAAAACUUCCUCCCCAUCCACUAAAGCACGGGACCAAUCAACUCGUCAUCCAUGUAUUCUUGAAGGCCUUCAACGAGGAUUGGACGCGGGUAAGUGUACCCAAAAGAAUGUAUUCUAAAUACGGUGAAUCAAUUUUAGCUUAAUCCAAAUAUUAGUUCUGAACGUGUUAUGCUUAUACACCAUCGAUGAUCCGUUAUCGCGCAGUCAGUUACGUUCAUAACGGUUCUUUCUUUUGUUUUGAUUAUCCAUCCGUAAUUCGGCUAUAACCGUCUGCAUAAAUCUGCAUUGUGUUUGCAUUAUUUUAAAAAGGAAAAUGUUUUGUUGUAAUAAUUAAUCAAAUACCUUUUCUUUUGCAUAUAUAUAUAUAUAUAAUUUCUACGCCUUUUCAGCCAGUGUGUGUGUUUACGUACUGAUCCAACAUUGUGUAUAAAGUUCAUCAACAAAAAAAACAAAAAAAUUGUAUAUAAACCAUUACACCAUCCAGCUGUAAAAUCCGCAUUCAUACUCGCAUCCGCCAUCCACAAUUUUUGACAGCUGUCAGCGCGAAUGUUGGCGUUUGUGCGUGUGUGCUGGCACAGUUAUUUCCACUUGGCGGCAAGGUCAGCGCGACAUGCGAAUUGAAAAGCGCUGCACGGGCAAAUACAAAGGCAUAAGGAUGCCCAGCAACAACAACAAAAAUAUCUACGGUAGCAAAACCAACAACAAGAACCACAUCAACUAACGAAAAUGUUUGAGAAAUAUGUCGCCACAUAUGUGCGCGCGUGUGAGCAAGUGAAAUUAAAAUUCCCGCAUGCCUAAUGAAUUCGCCCGCUCGUUCGCCGUCCCUCUCCCACAACCGUUAUGCGUGUUUGUGCCAGUGUGUGUGCGUGUGUGUCGCUGACUUCGGAAUGACAACAAGAACAACAAGAAUAGCAGCUACAACUAAAACAAUGGCUUGCUAAGCUGUCUGAGUGUGUCAAAAAAAGAAGGAGAGCCAAAGAGAUAGAGAGAGCGAAAGAGAGAGAGAGAGAAGUGGAGAAAGAACGAAAGCAAAAGUGAAACUAGCAACGACGGAGCAAAAGUGGAGAGCACUGGGUGCAGGGAGCAGGGAUCGGCGGCCAAACAACGGCAAUCGGGGGCAUGUCCACAGCCAAAAGGCUGGUGCUCUCGCUACGUGGACGCAAGAAUUCGCAGGGCAACUCGGCGACCUCUUCCACCCGCCUGGUAUCCGCCGGCACCUCGCCCGGCCAUGAGCUGGACGAAAUAGCCGUGGUCUCGGGCACCGGAUCCAGCAGUCACCACUUCUCCUAUGGCGGCUGCAUCGCCACCGGCGAUGCGCCUUUGCCGCACUACUCCACAGCUGCCACGCCUAGUUUGAGGCGGGCGACGGCCAUAGAUGGCGAUACAGAUGGCAAUGACAACGAAAACCAUGUCGAUGGUUAUACCGAUGACGACGAUGAUGAACGAUGGCUGAGGGACACGGCUCCGGCUCAGAAGGCUCAAACUCAGGCUUAUGCCGCUCACAAUGACAGGCCACAGACCAAAACAACAGUCGCAAUACGUCAAAACAACAGCUGCAACAACAGCAGCAGCAACAACAACAGCAGCAGCAACAACAACAGCAAUAAGUGCAACAGCAUCAGCAUCAGCAACAGUAACAGCAACAGCAACUACAGAACAGCAGCAACAUCAAUUUCAAACAUUGGCCAUAGAUUAGCGCCGCGGGCCAGCUUUCCGGAGAUCAUGCAGCCACGCCUCUCGCUCAAUGGGCUGCUUAACCCCUCGCUGAUGCCCUCGCCCCGCCCCCUCUAUCGGGACCACAGCUCGAGGUCAAUCAACCCGCUGACCGCCUACGAGCAGCAGAUGGCCGAGCUGGAUGGCAGCUUCUAUGGGAGCAAUGCCCAAUACUUGGGCGCCGGAAUGGGUGGCAGUGCGGGCGGUGGAACCACCUGCACAAAUCUCACGGUGGGCGGUGGUUCGAGUGGUAUUUCAGCCGGUGGCAAUGCGACAGCUGGUGGUGGUGGUACUGCCUCGCAUGUGGGUGGCAGUGGCAGUGGCUCUGGUGGUGGUGGUGGUGGUGCCGCCAUACACACAACCGAACUCUCGAUCACACCCACAAUGGCCGGCGAUGAGCAGUUCAUCGAUCUGGGGAGCCUGCGUCGCUUCUCGAUCGAUCGCCAGAGCUUUCUCGAUCUAGGACCAAAGUUUGGCAUGACCCAGCCGAAAUUCGGACAGAGUGUCUCGCAACAAGGUUUCUUCACUUCGCACGACAGCCUGGCCACACCAUGCGCCUCCAGGGCCUCCAAUUCGCACAUGGCCACCGUAAGCACUGCCUCAGAAAUGGAUCUUCUGCACAACAAGCAACGCAACAAGUCGCGGGGUCGCCUGAAAGCGGCUGCCAGCGGCGAUCAGCCGCUGCUGGGCACCUGGAACCGUUCUACGGGACGCGGCUCGCAGGAUAACACGCUGGCCGGCGGCGGAGCCACCAGUUUGGCCAUGGGCGGCCACAACCAAUACGGUGGCAACUACUGCAACGGCACAGAUCGCUACCCGCGCUCCCGAUCGCAGCAACAAGGGCACCACAAUGCCGCUCAACAGGCGCACCAUCCCUACCAGCUGCAGCACUCGGCCUCCACGGUGUCGCACCACCCGCACGCACACGGUCCACCCUCGCAGGCUGGACCAGGUGGCCCCGGGCCACCCCACAGCGGACAUCCGCACCACCCGCAUCACGGUGGCGCCGGCAGCGGGGGCGGCAGUGGGGCCGGGGGUCACGGAGGGCAGCCGCACCACCAGAAACCACGGCGCACCGCAUCGCAACGGAUUCGAGCGGCAACGGCGGCCAGGAAACUGCACUUCGUGUUCGAUCCGGCGGGACGGCUGUGCUACUACUGGUCCAUGGUGGUCUCCAUGGCCUUCCUGUACAACUUCUGGGUGAUAAUCUACCGCUUCGCCUUCCAGGAGAUCAAUCGGCGCACGAUCGCCAUCUGGUUCUGCCUGGACUAUCUGUCCGAUUUCCUGUAUCUGAUCGACAUAUUGUUCCACUUUCGCACCGGAUACCUGGAGGAUGGGGUGCUGCAGACGGACGCACUCAAGCUGCGCACCCACUACAUGAACUCGACGAUCUUCUACAUCGACUGCCUGUGCCUGCUGCCGCUGGACUUUCUUUAUCUGUCCAUCGGCUUCAACUCGAUCCUGCGCAGCUUCCGGCUGGUGAAGAUCUACCGCUUCUGGGCGUUCAUGGAUCGCACCGAGCGGCACACGAACUACCCGAACCUGUUCCGGAGCACGGCCCUCAUUCACUACCUUCUUGUGAUAUUCCACUGGAACGGCUGUCUGUACCACAUCAUCCACAAGAACAAUGGCUUCGGGUCGCGCAACUGGGUCUACCACGACUCGGAGUCGGCGGACGUGGUGAAGCAGUAUCUGCAGAGCUACUACUGGUGCACCCUGGCGCUGACCACCAUCGGGGAUCUGCCCAAGCCGCGCUCCAAGGGAGAGUACGUAUUUGUGAUUCUGCAGCUGCUCUUCGGCCUGAUGCUCUUCGCCACGGUGUUGGGCCACGUGGCCAACAUUGUGACAUCAGUGAGUGCAGCACGCAAGGAGUUUCAAGCCAAGCUGGAUGGCGUGAAGACGUACAUGCGGAUGCGACGUGUGCCGAAUCAUCUGCAGGUGAAGGUCAUCAAAUGGUUCGAUUAUCUGUGGCUUACGCAAAAAUGCUCGGACGAGGAGCGCGCCGUGUCCUGUCUUCCUGAUAAAUUAAAGGCUGAAAUAGCAAUUAACGUCCAUUUAGAUACACUUAAGCGGGUGGAGAUUUUCCAAAACACCGAGGCCGGUUUCCUAUGCGAACUGGUCCUACGCCUGAGGCCCGUACUCUUCUCGCCCGGCGACUACAUCUGCAGAAAGGGCGAGGUGGGCAAGGAGAUGUACAUUGUGAAUCGAGGACGAUUGCAGGUGGUGGCCGACAAUGGAAAGACGGUGAUGGCCUCCCUGAAGGCUGGUUCCUAUUUUGGCGAGAUUAGUAUACUCAAUAUGGGCACCGCAGGUAAAGAACUUGGCAACCGACGCACAGCCAGCGUUCGCUCGGUGGGAUACAGCGACCUCUUCGUCCUGAGCAAGAAGGACAUGUGGGACGUGCUGAAGGAGUAUCCGGCGGCGCGUGUUCGUCUGGAGUCGAUAGCCGUCAAGCGAUUGGAGAAGUACAAGAAGGCCCCUCUGGAGAAAGUCAAAUACUUUAAUGUAGUUGCCAUGGGCCGCUGUCAAUCGACGCCGGGCCUAGUCGAGAGCUGUGGUCGCACCUCGCUGGAGGAGAUGUGGCUGCCACCGGCGGCAGUCACCGCAUCCUCGCUGAUGCAUCACCACCAGGCGCUCCACCAGCAGCAGCAGCAGCAGCAUCAAGCAGCCCAGCAGCAGCACCUGCCACAUCGACAGGAGUCUACGCAAACGUCCUCCCAGACGCAUGGAUACAGCCCACGCAGCUACGCCGAUCGCUUGGCUCGGGCCACUGACUCCCCCCGGUCGGUUAGCCCCAGUGCCCAUGGAUCCGAGGAACGACCCCGAAGUCGAACGACUUCGCAUCACUCAAUAAGACCCCAGUCCCAGCCCAGUCACACGGGUCACAUAUGCGAUUCCAGUUCGCAGCUGGAGUGCUAUGGCGCGGGUGUGGGCGGGGCCGGAGGUGGGACCACGCCCCUGCUGGGCUCCCACGAAGUUCUGGAGGAUGAGAUCAAGCGGUUGAGGGAACGACUUCAUACGGUGGAGUCUGAAAAUCAGGCCCUCAAUACGAAACUAUCUCAGCAGCAGUGGGAUUUGGAGAAUCGACUGGCCGAGAUCGAAAUGCAGAUCUGCGGAGUGUCGUCCACGUCCAGUGUGGAUCCCGAGAACGAGACGGAGGAGCUGGAACGGAACAGAGAGAGUAUCAUAUAACACGGGAGCGUGCUGCCCCAUCAGGCGAUCGGAGCAGCAGCAGCUAUACAGCAGCAGGACGAUCUGAAGAGCCAGGAGACGGCGGAUCCGGGGCGACCACUCGAAACUGAAGCGGGAACUCAGACCUGUGCCAAAUACUUCUCGCUUUAGGGAACAGUAUGGAUUAGGAAAGAGAUAGAGAGGGAGGGAGGACAGGGCGCCAGAUAACCCCAAGAUGUGCAAUUAAUAUCUCUUAUGAUCACGCGACACCAAAAGUAAAACAAAGCCUAAGUGGCACUGCCAAAGAAAAUUGUCUGUACAUAGAAAUUGAAGAAAUUCAGAUCAAAAUAUACGCUAAACUAUUGUAAUUGGUUAAGUUAUGCACGAGAGAUCGGAAAAGCUUUAAUAGAUUAUCCGAGAGAACUUUUUUCAGAAGCCCUAACAACUUGUUACCCAAAACACUUACACUUUUUCCAUGCUAAGCUCAGAAAUAGGAUACGAUUUACAUAGAUAUCAUUAGGCCUAGACGCUCUUCGCUCCUUUUAGUGGUUACUAAGCCAAACCGAAACGGGUACUCGAAUUCCCAUUGUAAAUACUUUCGCUCUAGGAACUUAAUUAGCAUUAUGGUCAAUGACAUUAGUAUGGAUCAUUCAAAAAAUAACUACAAGAUUACUUUAACUCAUGAGUGUAACAAAUGAAUCGUAUAUCUAUUGUAAUAUUUGCUAAUUGUAAUUUGAAAAACAAAAUUUACUAGAUGUGUAUAUGGGAAACGAUUUACUUUACAACUGAAAAUAAUGCAUAAACAAUUUAUGGACAACUAAGUGAAUAUUUGCAAAAUAUUUGUACUAUUGGAAAAGAACUGCCAGAGCAUACACCACACACUCGAAAAACUAUAUUAAUAAUAAUAAUAAACAAAACAAGAACUCAAAGAAAAAGCUAAAGACAUUUAACUAUUAAUAAAAAAAAUAUUAUUGAGUAGAUAUGUCAAAACAAAAACACACUUUUAAUGCAAUAUUAUAUUGAACUACUGUCGUAUAUAGUAUAUCUACAUUAUACAUGAUCUACAUUAUACUUGAUAUGGUAAAAAUUUAAAGGUCUAAAUGUAUUUAACUUUAGUUAGUUGCCCCAAAGCCAAAACCAAUGCUGAAGAUUGUAGUUGAGAACAAAAAAAAUAAAGAAUAAUUUAGGCAAGUGGGUUCUGUAGCAGAACACAGAAAGCAGUUAAGGAAUCCCCAUAAUAUGGGGGCUGCGAUAAGAAAGAAAUAAUUAAUUUAGCUGUAAUCCUAGUUAUACCUAGUUAUACCAUUAGAUGUGUACCAGAGAAGACCAAAAAAAGAUCGAAUCGCGAUCGAUUAUAAAAAUUGUUCAGUGUCAACUCCAAAAAUAUAGAAAGCCACAAACUGAGUUGAUAAGGAAAUCUAAUAAUUAUAUAGCUAACUUGAAUAAGAACCUUAACCUUACAGAACGAGCAGGCGUUUGAGCCAGGAUACGUUUGAGUAUCUGCCGAGAAUACGGAAACUGGAACGAAACUCAUUUCAUGCCAACAAUGAUAGGCCAAAAACCUAAACUCAAAUUUUGUUAGGAUUUUUCUUAGAUUUUUGUCAACGAGGUAAUCCUAUUUUCUAUUUUCUAGAAAAGAAAUAGAAGGAAAUUCUUUUUUAAUAUUUUUCAAUCUAAUUACUUUUCGGAAUAUCAUAUAACGGACUAAAAAUGAAUUAAUAAUUACAAUAAACAUUAAAUGGGGUUUCAUCUAAGACAAAAGCUUAUACCAAACAAGAAAAGUGUUAAACGAAAGCUAACGUAAACUUGCAAAAGUUUAUCGGAGUUUUUGAUUCCUUAGUUAGCCAAUUAUUGUCAAAGUUAAAGUUGAAUAAUAUAACUAAAUUAAAUUACAUUUUUAUGGCUUAUUAGCAUGCUUAUCACAGGACAGAGAGUCUGUCCCUUGUUAGACUUAUUCCUUCUUAUUUUUUUCAAUGUUUUCCGUUAGAGCGCGUAUAGACAUAUAUCUAUUUGUUAUUGAACGUAAAAUACAAGGAACUACAUCGAUUCGGUUGUGUUGUUGUCGCCAGGUGAAGCAGAAAUAAGUGGCGAGUUGGAAUGGCUUACAUAAUAAUAAUUUUAUUAAAUUAUUUGAUGCAUUAAGGUCUUUCAAACAAAAAAGGAAAACAAAACAAAACAAGAACAUUUAAAGCUUUAUUUUUACUAUAAAUUAAUUAAAUAAUUUAUAAGAAUUAAACAGUAAAUUCAGUAAAUUCAGCAUUGACUUCAUAGAGCAAACAAGACAAGAGAAUCAGUUUAGAUCUCAGAUCAUCGGGCAAAAAAGGCAUUUUUUAAACGGUCACUAUAAAUCAGAUCAGUUCAGACAAGGCCCCGAUUUGCAGCAGGUAAAUCGAGCUUAUCGUGCGAGAGUUUCAAAGCCGUUUACAUUGCUGAACCACUCUGAAUUCCGAAAAGGGUAAAAAAAUAACAAAUGGAAUUAUAAAGUAAAACGACAACAAAACCAGAAAGAAAAACUGAAAUACAAAUAAAAUCAAAACAAAACAAAAAAUUCUUAAUACAUGAAAA